CUACCUGAAGUUUUUCUCCUGGGAACUGGUAUUUUAAGUGAUAAUCUGAAAUGAUUAUCAUCACGUGUCAAAAAUAGGGGAUGAUAUUAGCAGCUACCUUCGGAAAGGUGAAUUUAUUAUUUUAUUGUAUUUGACCUAGAUAAACCUGAGGAUGGUCCUCUUGCAAUUCGGCUAAGUUUUGACCCACCUGAAGGAGAUAGAGGCAAAAAUAAAGAAAAGAUGGAAAAGAAAGAAUUCGAAAAAGAAUUAGCUAUAGUAGAUUGGGACGCAAUAGGAGCAAAAGAAGCACAAGAAAUAAAUCAUAUGGAAAAUGGUAUAAUGGUUCCAUUUGUAUGGAAAAAAGCAGGAGCAACUUUAAGUAAAGAAGCCGUAAAAGAUGAGUUUAAUCGAAUAAUGUUUAAAAAAUAUCCGUCAUAUAAGGAUUUUAUGGAAGACUUUGAUAAAAAAGUAAAUGACUAUUUUUCAGGAUGGAAAUUUAAGUCAGUAGAAAAAAUGAUAGAAUUCAGAGAUCUGAAAUAUGAAGAAUUUGAAAAGGCUUUAAUAAGGUAUAGUAAGGGCCAAAGGGUAGAUUUAGAAAAAGUAUUAAAUAAAUUAAGGAAAGAAGCAGAAAAAUAUGUGGAAGAAGAUCAGCAAUUUUUUGAUGAAUGCGAAAAUGAUAUAAAUAAUAAUAUAUUAAAAUUGAUAGGAAAGGAAAUAAAAAUAAACUUUGAUAAAAAAGAAGGAAAUUUUGAAAUUUUGGAAAUAGAGGAUGAGGAUGAUAUAAAUAAAGAAUUUGGAAAUGAAUGUAAAGAAGAUUUUAAUAAUAACAAAUAUAAUUUUGAAAAAUUUCUAGAAAAAAGUAUCAGCUGUAACGCAUCUAUCCAGAAUCAGCUGAGAGGUACUUCACAUGACAUCAUAUCUCAAGUGACUGAAAUUUCGCUGAUCUCAGAUCAGGGAAAAUCAGAUAUUCUACAAAAUAUAGCUAACUUAUAUGAAAAAGCUUGUGAUGCAAAAGAUGUAUUGAUAAAAGUUAAUCAGACAGAAAUUUUAUGCUGGAGUAAUUUUAUUAUAGCAUUUGAUAAAAACAUUGAUGAAAUUAUGGCUAGAGAUAGAAUAGGCAUGAAAAAAGCCAAAGGACUAAUUUAUGAUUUCAUACUUGCGCAGAAUCCUGACACUAAGCAUUCCACUCUAUAUAAGAAAAUUGAAAGAGCUAGAAAGAUUUACAGGUUAACUGAAAGAAUAGGAUUAGAUAAGAUCAAACAUAUCAAAUCAUACAGUGUGAACAGUAUUUCAAAAUUUACCAAUGAAGAAAUUCAAAGAAUCAUAGAUCACUUUACCAAAAAUUCCAAUAUGAAAUUCACUGAUAAUUCCAAGGAUGUAAAACAAGAUAAUGAGGUCUUAGAGGAACCUGAUCAGAUUAAUGUAUUAGAGGUCUUGUCUCCAAAGGAAUCAAUUGCACCUAUCCCAUUAGUCCAUGUCUUUAACACUUCUAAUAAUUCCAAAGAAGAGGCACGAAUGAAGUUAAUACCACAUGAUAGUGAUUCCAAUUCAUGUAAUGAUGACUCCGAUUCUGAUGAUUCUGAAGAAGAGAUGCCAGACGAUUUAGGAUAUAAUAGAUACAGUGAAUACAGUAGAUAUAAUGAAGAAAAUUCUCUCCAAUGAUGAAUCCUAUUAUAUCCCUGGUAACCGCCUAGGAGAAUUUUGCAUAUUUGGUACUCGAUUGUCCUAUAAGUUAUUACUACGUUUCUUUUUUUUGAAUCACAUGGGUGACUUAGAUAUUAUACGCUGACAGGCUUUCUAAAAUAUAUCAUGUGCAGUAAGUACGUCAUAUCUACUUCAUAGCAGUAUAUAUUUUGCGUAGUAAGACAUCAUUAAAUAAAGAAUCUUCACAAUUAUUAUAUGACACAGCAUGUAUUGGCAAACUUUAGAAAAAAAACUAGAAUAGAUGAAUAUCGUUCAAAAAAAUAAUUGUGUAUAAUAAAUAGUCUAAAGUCAUGGAAUGGCAUUAUAUAU